AUGAGAUCUGUUCCACCCCUUCCUCCGCGUCGAACCAUAUCAAUGGCCGGCCAGUCGUCCGCACGAAUGGCCUCCACAUCCGACGCACGACUUCUUCAGUCGGUUCCUCCGCCGCCCAACUCUUCCAACAAAAAUUUAAUGAACUUUCGCUUUACGUCUCAAAACUUGGAUUUCAAUCAAAAUCACAAUCAAUUUGAUUCCCAACUCUCCAGACAUACAAUCGGAGGAUUCUUCGCAAAUCCGGUCUCAACGCCCACUACAACCCCGACGCCAAUUGCAUCCACAAAUCAGUCAUACAUUCAGUGGCAGAACCAAAGCCUUCCCCCAAACUCUCUACUGCUCUCUUCGCCUCGACCUCAGAUGUGGUCAACUCUUUCUACCAAUAAUAAUAGCACCGCUUUCGCCAAUUAUGUUUAUUCUUCCUCUUCUGCCGGAGUUUCGCCCGUCAGUCCUCUUGGAGUGACACCAAUGACACCCCUGUCUCACAGUCUAUCGGCGCCUUCAUUCUCGGCAAACGCUUUCUCAAACACGACAUAUAGUUAUUCAUAUUCACCAGUGUUUCAAUCCAUGACAUCAAACGCAACAACAAAUGUCGCCACAACUGAAGACAUCAAAAGACUCGUCACAAACGGCAACCAAAAAAAUAGUUCAACAAUUGUUUCGAGCCGUGAAUCCAAAGCAAAUAACAGCGAUUUGAUUGAUUUGGUGGACAAUGAAGGCCAAGACAUUCUCGAAAUGUUUGAUCCAUUAAGUCGUCAGGAAAACAAUGACUUAAACUUUUCCAACAACUUUGAACUCGACUCCGAUCCUCUUGGAGUGACACCAAUGACACCCCUGUCUCACAGUCUAUCGGCGCCUUCAUUCUCGGCAAACGCUUUCUCAAACACGACAUAUAGUUAUUCAUAUUCACCAGUGUUUCAAUCCAUGACAUCAAACGCAACAACAAAUGUCGCCACAACUGAAGACAUCAAAAGACUCGUCACAAACGGCAACCAAAAAAAUAGUUCAACAAUUGUUUCGAGCCGUGAAUCCAAAGCAAAUAACAGCGAUUUGAUUGAUUUGGUGGACAAUGAAGGCCAAGACAUUCUCGAAAUGUUUGAUCCAUUAAGUCGUCAGGAAAACAAUGACUUAAACUUUUCCAACAACUUUGAACUCGACUCCGAGUCUUCAGCUCAAGAAACUAAUAAACCAGAAGCAGAAUCUAUAAUGAAAACGGAAACCAAUGAAAUUAAAGCCGAAGAACAGCCGAAAGAGUUGAUUCCCAACUCGAAUGAUAUCCACCAACCUUUUCGUGUGGUUUCGCGCAAAUGUCGCGCUAACGAAGAGUUGGACAACUUUUUCAAGCAAUUAGUUGUGUUGAGACGACAGUAUCGUCACGACGACUACAUCGCCAACUCUGGACUCGUUAUAUCUCCCACUUUGGACGCACAACACGACAAAUCUCUGAGCGUCAAACUCGUGAUCGAAACUCAAUUAUCUCCGCAACCGGUUUCGUUCACUUGCAAUGUGGACACGAGUGUCGAACACAUCAUAUGUCAUGUGAUUUGCACUCUCGUUGAAGACGCCUCUAAUGUAAAAAUGGACGACUAUUUGCUGAAAGUUUACGGUUUGACCGAAUACUUGGCUUCGGACUCGGUUUUGGCGAAUUACUCAUAUGUCCAUCAGUGCCAUAAGUUUGAUAACGACGUCCACUUGAGUUUAGCCCAAGUAAAAAUGGACGACUAUUUGCUGAAAGUUUACGGUUUGACCGAAUACUUGGCUUCGGACUCGGUUUUGGCGAAUUACUCAUAUGUCCAUCAGUGCCAUAAGUUUGAUAACGACGUCCACUUGAGUUUAGCCCAAGUAAAAGACUUGAAGCGACCCUUUGCUCGCACUCUCAGAGACGACAACAACAUUGACUUUACUGUCGAUGAGAUUAUCCCGAAAUCAAUUGUCUGCAAGUUUGGAGAACUCAGUUCUGAAACCAUUAAUAUUCUUCUCGAAAGUUUCGAUCGAGAGAUCUCUAAACUGAGAGCCGACGCCAGAAUGUCAGGCAGUGGACAAUUGCAACCGCAGUCUAUCAUCCAAACGGUGAAAGCCCUUUGCGCCCAUUUAUCCACAUUAGAAACCACUGCCAUCACUGAAUCGGCCACUAAUUUCUCACAACUGUGUAACGCAUUCGGAACUUACAAACGCGACUCAAUCACUGCCAUCGACGACAACGCAAGCGAUGUUAAAAUGAAAUCUAUUCCCGAUUUGGACUCAAAAUUGUGGGAAAUAUUAGAUCACGCGUUACUUAAACUGAGAGCUUCGUUAAUACAACUCAUUCGCCUCUAUUCGCAAACAUUUCCCGUAGAGUUUGAUAUUAGCGAUGAUCUGUUGCACAACGACAAGAGAAAGGUUCGCAAAGAUAUCUCGUCUUCGAUGGACACACUUCUGUGUCAGGUCGGCGUCUGCUGUCAAUUACAACCCGAAUGGUUGACCACUUUUAAGGAGUUUAAA